AUGGAUUCCCUACCAUGCUUAUGGUGGAUAUGGUUAAUCAUUUCAAUCACCUUUCUUGCAAAACAAGAAACCCAACUUCUAGCACAUAACCACCAAAAACGACCUACAACAAAUGUAGCCAAGCACCUUCACUUCCCAAGUUUUCACCCAAGUAAUCCUGAAUUGAAAUGCCUUGGAAAUGCAGUCAUCUCAGAAGAGAAGGGUGUGAUUCAAAUACCUCAUGCAUCAUUAGAAGUUCAACCCCAGACAUACCAAGUAGGCAGAGCUCUUUAUUCUUCUCAUAUACGCCUAUUUGAUCCAAUGACUCUAACCCCAGCUUCUUUCCAAACAACCUUCUCUUUCCAAUUCACCAACUCCACCACAAAUCGCAGUGGAAAUGGCCUAGCCUUUGUCAUCGUCCCGGAUGAAUUCACCACUGGAAAACCAGGCCCAUGGCUUGGUAUUGUCAACGAUGCAUGCAACCAUUACAAGGUCUUUGCAGUUGAAUUUGACACUAGCCAUGACCUACAGUUUGGUGAUCCCAACGAUGAUCACGUUGGGAUCAACCUAGGAACCAUUGUGUCCUUCAAAACCGCAAAUUCGUCCGAGGCUAGUGUUUCUCUCCAUAAUCACACGGUAGUCCACCGGGUUUGGAUCACCUACGAUGGAUAUCUUAGGUGGAUCACCCUCCAUCUGGGGAUAGACGGCGACCCUAAGCCCUCACAACCUCUACUAUCUUCAUCUUUAAAUCUUUCUCCAUUUCUUGAAGAAUACAUGUUUGUUGGGUUCUCUGCUUCCACCGGAGACUCAUCCCAGAUCCACAAUAUAUUCUCAUGGAACUUUUCGUCGACAGUUCCAGCUUCUCUUCCAAUCCCAUCACCCAAAAUUUGUCACAGAAAUGUAAAACACCAGGUCUCCAAGUACUCAAAAACAGGCCAAAGGGCGCCACCAAGCGGUUUCUUGAUCUUUGUGACUUUAUUGGGAUUGUGUAGUUUGGCUUUUCUUGGUUUCUACUUCAGCAGUCAGAGAAACAAGAGCAGCUCGGAGGAGGCGUUUUCAAGAUUCCUUGAAAGGAGGAAAAGGCCAAUGCUUCCAAGCAAACCUCGCAAGUUUACAUUUACAGAGCUUUACAGUGCAACGCAACGUUUCAGCAGAGUCCAUGUAUUGGCAAGUGAUGCUAGUGGUGUUUUGUAUAGAGGGACGCUCACUAAUGGGUAUCAUGUUGCCGUGAGGCGGUUCUCAACUCGGUUUUUGGGUUCCUCGAGCUCGCGCUUUGAUUGGGUCCGAGUUAAGAAAAGAAUCAAUGAAAUAACUCAGGUGGUAGCUCACCCAAGUCUACCGAUUAUACGAGGGUGGUGCUGUGAAAGCGGAGAGGCCAUGAUCGUCUACGAUCAUUACCAGAACGGAAGCUUGGACCGAUGGCUGUUUGGGCUUGGAACACUCCCAUGGACGUGGCGGUUCAAGCUCAUCAAAGACAUAGCAGAAGCUCUAAGUUUCCUCCACUCCAAACAACUCGCUCACGGAAACUUAAACACAAGCACUAUCUUCCUCGACGUGAACUACCGGGCCGUUGUUGGAGACUACCGGUUCGGAUUCUUUUCGGGCGAGUCGGGUCGAGAUGACCCGGUUUCUGGUAUGAGAGCGGAUGUGUUCGGGUUUGGAAUGUUGAUUUUGGAAAUUGUAACUGGUAAAAAAGAGGAGGAGGUUGGAGAUGAAGAGGUGGGUCUUUCAGGGUUUGUAGGGGAAAUGCAUGGGAAGGGAGAGAUGGUGAAGGUUGUGGAUGAGAGAUUGGGAGACCGGGUUAACUGGGAGGAAGCGUGUCGGGUUUUGAAAAUUGGGCUGAGUUGCACCACUGCGAGUUGUAGCAGGCCCAACAUGAAUGAGGUGUUGCAGUGCCUCACUAAUGCACACUAGUAAUGGAUGACUCCUGCCUGCACUGUUGCAUAUUGAGAAAACUUGGGAAAUUGUUCAAAAAAGAGAAAACUUGGGAAAAAUAUUAGAAAA